AUGGAUUCCCUUCAAACGAAUCUCUUCAUCAACAACGAGUACGUUGUUUCGUCCGGUGGAGAAGCACUCUCAGUUCACAAUCCCAAAGACGACAGCCUAGUGACGAACAAGGUGCAGGUUGCCUCAGAGCAAGAUGUCGAUGAGGCCGUGGCGGCAGCAAAAGCUGCUUUCCCGCAGUGGAAGCGAACUCCAAGCAGCAGACGCUCGGCCAUAAUGCUCAAGUUUGCUGACCUCGUUGAACGACACAAGGACGCCAUAGCCCGACUUGAAUCAGCAUGCAUGGGGCAACCUAUCUCAGUGGCCAAGGGCAUAGUCGAAUUGCAGGUCGCAAACUGGCGGUACUUUGCUGGUCUCACCGACAAGAUUCCUGGUGAGACCUUUCCAGAGAAUGGGGAUGGAUAUUUCAAGAUGGUCAACUAUGAGCCAUUGGGUGUCUGUGCAGGAAUAGCAGCUUGGAAUGGUACGCAGAUGUUCCUUGCGUGGAAGAUUGCACCCGCUGUUGCUGUCGGAAACACCUUCGUCUUCAAGGCCAGCGAGAAGAGUCCAUUGGGUGUUUUAUACCUCGGUCAGCUCUUCAAGGAGGCAGGCUUUCCUCCAGGGGUGGUCAACCUUAUCUCGGGAGCUGCCAAGGUUGGGGCCCUUAUGGCAUCCCAUAUGGACAUUGCAAAGAUCUCUUUCACCGGCUCGGCCAAUGCAGGAAGACAGAUCCAGAUUGCCGCGGCCAAGAGUAACUUAAAACGAGUCAGUCUUGAGCUGGGUGGGAAGUCACCGGUCCUUAUAUUUGACGACGCCAACCUAGAAAAUGCUGUGGUGCACAACUCUCAGGGAUUCCUACUGAACAGUGGCCAGGCGUGUGUGGCAGGGUCGAGAAUACUAGUCCAACGUGGGAUUGCGCCAAAAUUCAUCGAUGCUCUCAGGGCGGCAUACAUUGAAUUCAGCCAAUCUAUGGCCGACCCCGCUCUGGAGAGUACUUUUCUAGGACCACUUGCCGAUAAAAGCCAGUUCGGCCGAGUCAUGGACUUCCUAGAAGGUGCAAAGAAGGAUGGAGUUGAAGUCCUCGUUGGAGGCGGUCGCAAAGGGAAAGAAGGUUGUUUCGUCGAGCCCACCAUUCUCAUGAACCCGGAUCUCACUGCCAAGGUGUAUACCGACGAAAUUUUUGGACCAGUCGUGGUGAUCAAGACAUUUGAAAAUGAGGAGGAAGCCAUUGCACUGGCGAAUAACACAAGCUAUGGCCUUGGAGCCACUAUCUACACCAAUGACAUCACUCGGGCACUUCGUGUCACCGCUGAGAUGGAAUCUGGGACAGUCUCAAUCAAUUCGUCUCAUGUACUUCUGACGGAGACCCCCUUUGGUGGCAAAAAGCAGAGCGGCUAUGGUAGAGAAGGAGGCUUGGAAGGCCUAAAAGAAUACCUGGAGGCCAAAACUGUUCACGUAAACAUGAGAAUGUUCCAGCAAUAUUACGAAGACAGGCACGCGCCGCUAGCCCUUAAGGCUCUCCCAAAGAUCUCAAAAUAUGUGCGAAACUAUGUCGAUCAAGAUGCAAUGUUCAAUAACCGUCCGGGAGGGGCACCUUGCGAUGUAGUCACAGAAGUGUGGUGGGAUACCAAGGAGGACUAUGAGGAGUGUCAGGCAUCUUGUGCAACUUCCCAACUUUAUAAAGAGGUCAAGGCCGAUGAAGCAAGAUUCAUGGACGUGGAAGCAAUUAAGAUAUGCUUAGUAAAGGAGAAGUGCUCAGAGAUUGCAUAG